AUUAGGUCACUUGGCUUACUUACAGACGUCUUAAGAAAAGAUCGAAGGCGCAUUUAUAAUGGGAUUAGGCUACUGGACAUCAGAACAUCUCAUUUACGACGGAGCCACUGGCAAGCUUCUAACUGAUAGAACAUGGAAUUACAAGAUCCCGGGAAUUAAAGACAUUCCUUCUGAUAUGAGGAUUUAUUUCCGUCGCAAUGCUAAGAAUGAACUGGGUGUUUUGCAGUCCAAAGCAACCGGUGAGCCAUCGACAUGCCUAGCAACCGUAUUCCUUCACGCCGCUCGCGAAGCCGUCCGUGCCGCUCGCUUGCAAGCCGGCUACGAAGACACAUGGUUCGAUAUAGACAUUCCUUGCACAACGGAAAGUAUCUUCAAUGCUGUUGGACAUAAACUAGAGCAUUUCACAUUGAAAUAAAGAACAUAGAACUAAGCACUUCUUUUUUAGUUUUUUAGGUACAAUGGUUUUUAUUUUUCAGUACUAAAUAAAUAAUGUAU